AAGACAUUCUCUCUUCUCCCGCACCGCACGCACAUCACCACGAAUCUUUUCAAUAUCCUCCAUCGCCCUUUCUUGCGCAUCCCUCGCAAGAUACUCACAGGUAGGCGCUCUCUAUUUCUCUGCUCGUCGUGUCAAAAAGUCCACCUUUCCGCCCGCACCACUGCCCUCCAUCUCAUCCUCUUCACAUCCAUCAUCGCGGCCCUGGCCCUCGAAUACUCGAGCUGCUGGAGAAGUUUGCUGGAAAUCUCUGCACCCCGCCCCCGCCUGCCUUUUUCAGCUUCCGCGGCGUUCUCAGAGUGGGCACAAUACUGGGCUGUGGUCCUGGCCAGGCCUGUCGGUAGAGACUCAACCGUUAUCGAAACGCUCUCUGCAUCCAAUCUCACCGUUACUGCACCGUCAUUCCCACGAGACGAGACGCAUUGCGAGUCGGCUGCAUACCUCGAGUGCGCCUUCUGAACUCUUUCUCAUCAAGAUUGCGGGCGGUCUGCUUGUUCCCUGACUCCCCCAGAAAAGCCCCUCCCCCUCUUCCGUCACCACUCAUCAACCCCUCGCCAAUCUUUUGCCUCUAUCGGAUCUCGGGGGCUGCUGACCGCACUAGCUCAAGCCAUCCUCUUGACGCUGAAAAGCAAUUUCAACAAGCAGCUGGCUUCCGUUGCUAACUUGAACUCUCAGAAAACCUCCUCACACUACACUUCUCAACUCAUCAAAAUGGAUUACCAGCAGCCUCGUGGUGCCUGCUACUCUUGCGGCUCUACUGGCCACCAGGCCCGUGACUGCCCUACCAAGGGACCUGCUAAGUGCUACAACUGCGGUGGCGAGGGCCACAUGAGCCGCGACUGCUCUGAGCCCAUGAAGGACAACAAGUCCUGCUACAAGUGCGGCCAGCCCGGCCACAUCUCCCGCGAUUGCCCCAUGAGCGGUGGCAGCGGACAGGCCACUGAGUGCUACAAGUGUGGUGAGCUCGGUCACAUUGCCCGCAACUGCACCAAGGCCUCCUUCGGCAACUCCUACGGUGGCAGCGGUGGCUUCGGCGGUGGUGCCGGCAAGACCUGCUACUCUUGCGGUGGUUACGGCCACAUGUCUCGUGAGUGCGUCAACGGCAUGAAGUGCUACAACUGUGGCGAGUCUGGUCACUACUCCCGCGACUGCCCCAAGGAGUCUGCUGGUGGCGAGAAGAUCUGCUACAAGUGCCAGCAGGCUGGUCACGUCCAGGCUCAGUGCCCCAACAACUAA